AUGGAAGAAUUGAACAAAUGGUUGUUAGAAAGGGAGCGUGAAAAUAUGGAAGAGCUCGAGCGGAUUCAAGCUACAAACUCUCAAGCGGCUUCAAUGGUGGUGCAAUAUCAAUUAUCGGAGACACCUAGAGGGCGUGGUUCAAGACCUGGCCGUGCCCCAAAUGUCGAAAGACAUAGAGAAGUCCGAGGUCAUUUUCUCCUGGAGGAUUAUUUUGUCGAACGUCCAGUGUACGACGAAGCAGGCUUUCGAAGGAGGUACAUAAUGCAAACACAUGUCUUCCAACGCAUAAUGGAGGAUCUUUGCAACCUCGAUAGUUUUUGGGGGCAAAAAUCAGAUGCCACUGGAAAAAUGGGAUUGCUUCCCGAACAAAAAAUGACAGGUGCCCUGAGAAUGCUUGCGUACGGUGCAGCUGCUUAUCAAUGUGAUGAAAUCACUAGAAUGGGAGCUUCUACGGCGCUGAAAUGUCUGAAGAAGUUCUGUAGACAAGUCGAGUUUCUUUACGCUGGGUGGUUCAUUCGUCCUCCAAAUCCUGCUGACUUACAUAGGCUUCUCAAUAGAGGACAACGCCGUGGGUUUCCAGGCAUGAUUGGAAGCAUCGAUUGCAUGCAUUGGGAGUGGAAGAAUUGCCCAACUGGCUGGGCUGGAGCUUUCUCAGGUCGAAAGGGUAGACCAACUAUUAUUCUUGAAGCAGUGGCGUCUUACGAUAUGCAUAUAUGGCAUGCUUUCUUUGGAACCCCUAGAGCUCAAAAUGACCUCAACGUUCUUGGUGCAUCUAAUGUGUUCGAGCAUGUCAUAGGUGGAACUGCUCCUCUGGUUGAGUUUGAGGUCAAUAACAAAAGGUACACUAAUGGUUAUUACCUUGCUGAUGGAAUAUACCCGAGGUGGUCAACUUUUGUCAAAACAAUAUCGAAUCCCAGAACAGAAGAGGAGAAACACUUUUGCAAAAAACAAGAGGCUUACCGCAAAGAUGUGGAAAGGUGUUUUGGUAUCCUCCAAUCUCGAUGGGCCAUACUGCGUCAUGGUGCUAGGUUGUUUAAACUGGAGGAUCUUCGAGCCAUCAUGAUAAGUUGUAUCAUUCUUCAUAACAUGAUUGUGGAGGAUGAGUUUGUUGAGGAAGAAUUUGCGGAGCCUGAAGAAGCUGAUCUAAUGAAUCCAGCAAUGGCAACCGUCUAUGAUCGGCCUGUGCAUCCUGAUACUGGAGAGGCUAUUCCUUUCGAACCAGUGGGGAGAGAUGGACAGAAUCUUCCUUCAUUCAUGGAUCGUGAAUUUCAGGUAGAGUCGGCCUACCUCCACAAAUGCCUACAAGAUGAUUUGGUGAUGCACAACUGGAACAUGGAUGGUAACUGA